CCCGGGAGAAAGACCACUCAGUUCCGCAGCUGACAGCGCAACCUGUUUCUAGGAUGGCUUCGAGCACCAUCUUUAGCAAGGCGACGGCGUCGCCAGCACCCUCGACGCCUGGCACGAGCUCCAAGACGAAAGUGGCUAGGCGCUUGAGAGAACUUGACGAGGCGCUGGGAGACCACAAAAAUUUCGUGAACCUUGAGCUAGAGAGCAUCAAAGAGGGCCUCGAGGAGCUCGAGCGCCGCCGUCAGCUGGACUCUGCCCGCGCCGCGGUGCGCCACGAAAUUCUCUUCGGCGCGCUCAAGAAGAUCCACGAGGAGAUGAGCAAGAUGAAGGGAGAGAUAAAGGGAGACCAGGAACCGGGCCCGGGCGUCGGAGCUUCUCCUCGAGCCGGGGGCAAGAAACCCCACGAGAGCCGCAACAGCGCCGAGGGCCGCAAGAACCUCGAGCGCUGCCUCGGACAGUACACGCAGCACAUGGAAACAGCGAGAACGGUUGGGCAAGUGAAGGAGACGGGGAAGCUUUGCACCGACUACUCUGAGUCCAUAUUCAAGACGUACACUUGAGGGCGGCAGCGUCGCAGUCUCUCUGUGGCAAUGGCAUUGGGAGCGGUUGGGGAAACAUUGAGCUGCGAAAAAGGUCCGGAUAACGGAGCAUGGGCAGAAUCGGUGAUCUUUCGGAAGGGCCAGGGGGAAAUCGGAGGUUAGAGGCUCAUUAGAUGCUAUCUUGUGAGAACGCCGUUAUCUCG